AUGGCUUCCUGCCGCAUCAGUAACGUCAGGGAGCUGGUAGCCAUCGUGUGUGGGUUGCUGACGGCCAUCAUUUUGGGACUAGGCAUCUGGAGGACUGUGGUCAGGAUCCAGAGAGGUAAUUGGGUCCCUAUUCCAGGCCUCCCCUAUGGUUUCUGCAAAAAUGGUGGAACCUGGCAGAAUGGCAGAUGCAUUUGUCCAGAAGAGUGGAAAGGACUGAGAUGUACAAUCACUAAUUUCUGUGAGAACAGUACCUAUGAGGGUUUUACUUUUGCCAGAAUUCCAGUGGGCAGAUAUGGACCUUCCUUACAAACGUGUGAAAAGAACACUCCCAAUGCGGGCUUUCCAAAGGCAACGCGGCUGUGCAAUCUCACUAUGUUUGGAGAGAUAGAACUACAAAAUGCGACAAUGGGAAAUUGCUCUGAAACUCUGAAAUCACUGGAAGACCAGAUAGUGGACAUCUCAAACAAAUCUGGGAACAUUUCCUCUGCAGCCCAGAUUUUAACAUCUGAUGCCAAUAAAUUAACUGCUGAGAACAUCUCUUCUGCUACUAUGGUGGUUGCACAGAUCUUCAACUCAUCACAAAACGCUACACCUGAGGCAAAAGAAGUUGCUGUAACAACAGUGAGUCAGCUCCUAGAUGCCAGUGAAGAUGUUUUUCAAAGAGCAGCUGCUGUUGAUAAGAAUAAUAUCUUUGGAAUGCUUAUUCAGAACAUGGAGAAUUAUUCCUUGUCUUUGGACAAUGGGUCAGUGGUGGUACCUAAUAUAGCAGUACAGUCUGUAAAAUUAUCUCCAAAUAACACUGUGGGGUUUGAAGGUAUUCGCUUCUCUGUGGGGAAAGGAGCUAGCGAUUUUCUAACUCCUAGUUCAACACAGAUAGAUUCAAAUGCAAAUGGCCUUAAUCCAGAAGGACAGACUGAACUCCAGAUCUUGCUCAAUAUCAGUAAAGCUGACACCACGGCAUGUGGAUUUGUAAUGUUUCAAAACAACAAGCUUUUCCAAUCAAAAAUUUUUAGACCAAGAUCAAAUUUUAAUCAAAGAGUUAUCUCAGGCAGCAUUGAGACAAGUGAUUCUGAAAAGAGAGCUUCUGUUGAAAUGGUCUUUAAUCCAAAGCACAACCAAAAGCAAUUUGAUCUCCAUUCCUAUGCCUGUGUCUUUUGGAAUGUUACAAAAGAGGAUUGGAGCACGGUUGGCUGUUUCAAAGAGAGGCGCACUGAUGGAUUCCUUCACUGCCACUGCAAUCACACCACCAACUUUGCUGUAUUAGUGAGUUUCAGAAAGAUAUAUAAAUAUCCUGCAUCACUAGAUGUAUUAUCCACUGUUGGAUGUGCACUGUCCAUUGCUGGUCUGGCUCUCACGAUUAUAUUUCAGAUUGUCACCAGGAAAGUUAGAAAAACUUCAGUAACUUGGGUGUUGGUCAGUCUGUGCACAUCAAUGUUGAUUUUCAACCUCCUCUUCGUGCUUGGAAUUGAAAACUCCAAUAAGAACUUAAAGAUGAGUGACAUCAAUACCAACAAUACUGGCACUGACAAUGAUGAGAUCCCCACAACAGACAUUGUGAACACCCCAAACCCCAUGUGCACUGUGAUGGCGGCCUUACUGCACUAUUUUCUGUUAGCGACAUUUACCUGGACUGGGCUCAGUGCUGCACAGCUCUAUUUCCUUCUGAUUAGGACCAUGAAGCCCCUUCCGCCACAUUUCAUUCUCUUCAUAUCUGUAAUUGGAUGGGGCGUCCCGGCUGUAGUGGUGUCUCUAACAGUGGGAAUUCUUUAUUCUCAGAAUGGGAGCAAUUCACAGUGGGAGUUAGACUACCGACAAGAGGAGAUCUGCUGGCUGGCAGUUCCAGAAAGCAAUGGUUUUAUAACAAGUCCGUUUUUGUGGUCAUUCAUCAUACCUGUGGCCAUCAUCCUAAUCAGCAAUGUUGUUAUAUUUGUCAUCAUCACAGUCAAAGUGCUGUGGAAGAAUAACCAGAAUCUGACAAGCACAAAAAAGGUUUCAUCCAUUAAGAAAAUCCUUAGCACAUUAUCUAUUGCAGUCAUUUUUGGAAUUACUUGGAUUCUUGCAUUCCUUAUGCUAGUUGAUAAUGAUGAUAUCAGGAUCAUCUUAAGCUACAUAUUCUGCCUUUUCAACACUACUCAGGGAUUGCAAAUUUUUAUCCUCUACACUGUUAGAACAGGAAUUUUUCAGAGAGAAGCUUCCAAAGUGAUGAAGUCGCUGUCGUCAUCCGCUGAGAGAGUGAAGUCAGUGCCAUUGUUCAGAAAACCAAAGCUGCGUGUAAGGAUGUAUAAUAUGAUCAGAUCCUUUCCAACCCCAAAAGAACACUUUAGGCUAUUGGAGCCAUCUGUAGUCACUGAGGAAAUGACCCUGUCUGAAAGUGACCAAGCAAACUCAAGCAUCUAG